UAGUUUUGGGCUCGCAAUCAAAUUUGCCCGGGAUUUUAGAAACUGAAUUAGAUGUUUCAUUUGAUUGCUCUUCUUCCCAAGCGAACAAAAGCCUGCGGCAGCGUAACCGCAUCAUUCAUUAUCAGUCUCUUGGUGCGCAAGGGGGGACGACGGUUUCUUCCUCAUUCCAUCGUUCAUUCGGUUUUGCUGUUGCUCGCGCGGAGGCUGGUGGCCGCGAAUCUUGGCGGUCCAAAGAACGCGUCGCCUGCAUAGUGUACCCCCGGCCAUCUAGAAGUGUGUGGUUUACCGCCGUGGGUGGAUUCUUGGGGCCAGCCGCUAGAACCCCAAACCGUUUUAUAAUUAGGCUAACCGUUCCGUCCCGAUUGCUGCGCGAUAAAAGUGAAAAACCCACCCCCUCUUCGAAAGGGUGGCUGCAGCAUAAAAAGUGAGGUGUGCGCGCGUUAUACAACAUACGUACGGGCGGCAAUAGCGGGGUGGGACAGGCAGUGAAAGUAAUGCGGAUGCGUAACAGCGGGGAGCAGGGGCCCGGCUGCAUAAUGUGCAGCACAUGAGUGGUAAAAUCGCGUCUCGGAAUCCUGAAACAAAACGAAUGUUGCUUCUAGUUAAACUCCCGAAUACCGUAAAUGUCACCGUUCGUUGGUGACCGUGCCCGUGCGCUGUUGAAUGUCUACCCACCGAUUGCUUCAGUCCUCGUCCGCCUCAUCUAAAAUUACUCCAAAUUCUGUAACAUCUUGCCCCAGCCGCAGUCGCUGCUCGAGCGAAAUCAGUAGGCGCCUUUCUCAUCUGGCAUCAGCCUCCCAAGUCGGGGUUCAGACAAGGCCGGUUUCCUUCCCGCGCAAGACGUACUCCGUGGAUUAUCAUCUUCGUUUUCGUCGACGUCGUUUUCCUCGUGCUGUGACUAAUGCACUCGUCCGUGGCCCCCGAAAGUGGAACAAUUGUGUGAUCGCCGUGCCGCUUGUGGCCGCACAGAUACCAUUCAUUCCCGCGUUCGCCGUUAUCUGCUAAUCUAGCACAGAAACACAUCGGUCACACGAUUAGAAGAGUAUAAAUCCAACGGGAGCAGCAAUCCACCAGCGGGUGCGCGCCAUGGCUUCUGCAAGGACAUCUGUAUUUCGGCGAAAGAGCUCCGGCUUCAUCGUUCUGAUUAUCUUUGUUUUCGUAACACUGUUUUUCUUCUACGACAAAGAAGAGAUAAAGCACGAAUCGGAGCAUCCUAAUGCUCCAAACGUUGCGCGGCUUGAACUCCUACGGAGCAAGAAAGGUUCGCGACACAAAGAUGAUUUUGAAAAAGAAUAUCCAUUGCUCCUCGUCAACGAACAGUUGGUGAUAUGUUUUGAGAAUGGCACUGACUACCGGAAGCUACCAUACAUCACGGAAAGUCCACCAACCACGGAGCAGGAUCCACUAACCACGCAGCGAAACAUUCGUCGAUUACUACCAACGCUACACCGGACGACUACAGGAGAUGCAGCCGAACCAAUGAUCUACUUUGUCACACCGACCUAUCCAAGACGUGAACAAAUUGCGGAAAUUAUUCGGCUCGGACAAACACUGAUGCACGUACCGUAUCUCCAUUGGAUCGUAGCCGAUGAUACGGACACCUGCAGCCAAACGCUCAACCAUCAUCUCAAGAAGUUCGGCAUUCCGUACACUCAGCUGGCAAGCCCGAUGCCAGAAGUGUAUCGCGCUCGCAAAAAUGCCCCACGUGGUGUUGCCAAUCGGCGGGCGGCACUGAACUGGAUUCGCACGAACGGCAAAAAGUCAGGUGUGCUGUACUUUGGCGACGACGAUAAUACAUUUGAGCUCAAGCUGUUCAGUGAAAUACGCUAUACCAAGAAGGUGUCCAUGUUUCCGGUGGGAUUAAUUGGUGAUUACGCUGUCAGCACGCCAAUCGUACGAAACGGACGAGUUGAGGGUUUCUUCGAUUCAUGGCCAGCAAAGCGCAAGUGGCCGGUAGAUAUGGCCGGAUUUGCCGUUAGCCUCGAGUAUUUAGCACUCAGUCCGAACGCUACUAUGCCAUUCCGGGCCGGUUACGAGGAGGACGAAUUUCUCAAGAGCAUCGGCCUGAAGCUACAGGACAUCGAACCGAAGGCCAAUAAUUGCACUGAAAUUUUGGUGUGGCACACGCAAACUAAAAGCAGCAAGGCGCCGACAGUACGAAUCUCAAUGGAUCGGCAGAAGCUCGAUAGGUUGAACCUUGGCACGGUGCUGAAACAGCUUGAAACCAUGGGCGUUAAUCGUAUCAGUGAAACGGAAGGUACCACCGCGCAAGCAAUCGUUGAAGGGAGUGUUAAGCCGUUAUCAUAUUGGUUCAGCUAAUUCAAAACUACCAGUGACAUCAGCAACACCAGCGGCGUUGUGACCACACUGACCAUCUCCUUACAUGGGCUUUCAAAGAAGCUGGUUGAAUUGAUUUGAUUGUAGCUAGUGGUUUUUUCUAAUAUUUCUCCACUAUCUGUUUUUGUGUUGCAUCUGAGAUGUUAUUUUCAAUGUUUAUUUGCGCGUGAAUAUAAAUUAAUUUUAAGUUAUAUCUGAUCACCAAGUACUAAGUAUAAUCGAUUCUUGUAGAUAGAUUUCAUAUUUCACCAUCGAGAUUAGAUAAGAUCAAUCGCAGUCUAGAUAUUUUACACCUUCCAAGCUUCGGUAAUAGAACAUCGUAUCUGAAUAGGAUCAAUUCAAUGUUAGUUUUAGCUUACAAAGCAAUCGAUUCAGUCAUGCCAAAUAUAUUGCUUGGUCAUACCAUACAAAAGUCAUUUCGCAUGAUCAACUUCAUCGAGUAAGGUUGUCAUUGCGAGAACGAUUCGCUUAGCGAGAAAAGGCCGCAUAGCCAAGAUAUACAAUCAUUUUUUUUAACUUGACGUUAGAAUAGCCAGAUUCGGUGGAUAAGACGCACCAUGAGAAACAAUGGCUUCAAAGGAAGCGUAAGCAAAGUGGUUAGUUUCAAUCAUGCUAAUUUUCAAUAUCAACAAUUAGUAUGUCUUUUAACUGCAAAACAGCACUGGUCGAUGUUGGCUUACUUAUUGUUAUUUUAUUUCUUUAAAUAAGUACUCAAUCCUCACGCACAACUUUACGGUUCCAAGAGCAACUAAUGUGAUGGAUAAAGAUAUUCUCAACCUACAUUUGAAUUGAUGGCGUUUUUCAAACCUAUGGAUCUGAUGUUUAUUUAAGUGUAAACGUGUAUCAUGAUUUAAAACUAUGACUUGUAAUUUGCCCUUCUAUUAUUCUAAUGAACACUGUUGAUUUUGCUAACUCAAAUAUCGGAUGUAUAUGGAAGAAGAUUGUGAUCGAAAUUUGAAACUUGCACAAGAAAAGGAACUUUAUCAUUUUGACCUCCCUGGUUUUUCAUUAGCAAGCUAAAAGACAAAUGAUCUUGUGCCCAGAAAUAGGAGACGUAGAGCGUGUCUUGUGCAAUGUGACUUCUGAAAUUACCAUUCCACAGAAACGCUUGACCUAGGGAAGAGCAAAGUUCUACAAUUCGUGAUCAAACACUAGUCUCAUUUGAGCUUUGCAAGGCGAAUGUCAAGUGUACAAACAGCAUAGAACGUGCAUACAUCUCCUGGGUCUAGGGUACUUGAUUCGGUUUAUAAUUGGUAGUGUAGAAUUUAAGUUUCCUGUGAUAUUAGUUUAGCGACAUUACAACGGGCGCAUAAGAGCAAGAACGGUGGUCAGACCGAUAUUGAACCGUUGCCGAAUAAAUACUAAACUGCUAAACUGUGGUUGAAAUUACAGAUCCAUCGGUAAAAAGAAGUAUGCCAUGUGGAACAUCAAGCGAGUAUGAUAUAAUGUGUUUCCCCAAUCAUCCAUAACCCAUCGCACUGGCAAUAAUGUAUCAAUGUGCAUGAAAAAGGCAAAAGACAGCUGUAGGGAACUCCUCUAGAGAUUAAUUUUAAGCUUACUCUUAAAGUUGCUUAGCAGAUACGUUCUACAUAUGCUUUGCUUCCUUGCAUUGCCUACGUUCUGGUAAUUCAAAAUCGAACAAACUCCCAACAAUUGUAGCACCAUCGCAAGUAUGUUCAUAGUAAAUUUAAAGUAUAUUCACUCUCUUUUGAAGGGCCCCUAUGGCUCAACAAUUGGAUGGGAAUGGAUGCAUCAAAUUGUUUUACCUUUAACGUUUUUGUAAUACGUAAGAACCAGGUGUCAGAUAAUGAUAGAUGCUGGAAGCAAAGAAAUUUUUUGAUAUUUCCUGAUACGGGGUGUGUAAAUCGAACAAAACGAAAUACGAACAAUAAUGUCGGAUUGAAGA